UGUCAAUAGCUCCGUGCAAUAAAUUCCUACACAAUACUUUACCUUACGUAGAUCUAUUUCAUAUGAUAAAUAAUUAAUCGACUACUUACAAAAAAAUUAUUUGUGUAACGUGGGCUUCUGUUCAUCCAUAGAUAAAUGUUUUGAGAGUGGCUUAAGGACAUACACAAUGGAUCCUGAGUCUCAAGGACUAGCAGGUGGUGAUGAAGGGUUUGCGGAUGGUGAAGUUGUGGAUGAUGAAGCUAUGGAAGUAGCCAAUGCCAACAAUGAAUCUGAUGAUGAAGUUCUCCAAGGUCCCAGAGCAUCUGUCUAUUUUUGUGAUUUUGACCCAGGGAAACAGGGUCACGACAUUCCUAAAGAGCAGGUAGAGCAGAUGAUGCAAGCUGAAGCAUAUCAACGGAAAAUUGACACCUGCCACUUAUGCGGCAAGUGUUGGUUUGAUGACCAGUUCAACCAAGACUGCACUGAGUGUGGUGGGUUUGCCAUGACCAGGACCUGCCCCAUCUGCCUGGGCAGGUGUCGCCAGGUUUGGAAAAGGAAUGUCAAAAUGUCCCACAGUUAUCAUGAGGCCUACUGGGACGGUGCCUGUGGCCUACCUGAGGAUUUACAAAGACCUUUUCACAUUGAACUGUUCACAGAUUCCUCUGAGGAUGGGAUCUCUCAAGGACUACAAGAUCUAUCUACGAGCUAAAUAUGCACUUUCAUAGGAUUUAAAAGACCAAUUACUUUUCAUAGUAGUGAUAUGUUUGUCCGACUUAGCCUAGAUGAUUUUUUUAAAAAUGUGUUCCUAUUUUUU